GUUACUACAUUUUGGUAACCCAAGGGACCAGCCUCGGAUCAAUUUUAGAUGGGAUAGGAUGGUAUAAUUCUGCGACAUCUGAAGAAUCCCUAGCCCCACAGUUGCUGGUGGAAAGAGAAGGAAUGGGAAAGUCUGCAUUAUGGCUGGGUCGGGUCCUUCUAGUUCUUUUUAGACACUUGAGUAAUUUAAUCAUAAGUAACUGGGCACUGGGAAAAGGACACUCACUAAUAAAAGCAUAGCCUGGAGUUACGUUUGAAAAAAAUUUUCAAGUUCCUCAGUGGGUGGAUCUAUCCGCAAAACAAAAGAAAGGCCCCUUUCCCAGCCUAGGAAGAGAAGUCUCCUGUACAGUUAGAGACAACAGGCUUCCGGGCACAUAGCCAAGGUUCUGGGGAUAUUUACAACUUGAAGAGGGUGGGAGUCCCUAAUAAGCUGCUAUAUUCUUUUUCCAUCACUUCCCUCUCCAAGGCUACAGCGAGCUCGGAGCUCUUCCCCACGCAGAAUGCUUGCUUUCCCUAGUGCUCGACUCUCAUUGUCUAAUUCCCUCAUCCUGGCUGGGGAAAGGGAAAGCUGUGAGUCCUCCCGGUCCGAGGAGAUCCAGCUGAAUGCAGCUUAGUCGCUGGUGGUUUCUUGGCCAGCCUCUGUGGUCUCAGGGAUCUGUCUACGAGCCUGUGGUUUCUCUCAACUGCCUGCAAGUCUGAGACCUCGGGAAUCUGAGUCUUUAGGAUCUGCCUACGAUAUCUGGGCUUCGCCUGCAAGUCUACCGAUUUGAGAUCUACCUGCCAGUCUGAGACCUCCGGGACCUGCCAGUGCACUCUAGAAUCUUUCCGAACGCCAGGUCUGAGAGUACGCUGGUGCUUUGGGAUCCGUUCGUGGUCUCUCAGAUUUUGGAGCCGACGAUCUAGUGGAUCUUUUGAGGGACAGGAGCGCUGUCUGCUAGCUGCUUUUCCUGCUUUCUCUCCCAGGAGGCGAAUCCUUGCGCUGGAGAUGGCAGCCACCCUGCUCAUGGCUGGGUCCCAGGCACCUGUGACGUUUGAAGAUAUGGCCAUGUAUCUCACCCGGGAAGAAUGGAGACCUCUGGACCCGGCACAAAGGGACCUUUACAGGGAUGUUAUGCAGGAGAAUUAUGGCAAUGUUGUCUCACUAGAUUUUGAGAUCAGGAGUGAGAGCGAGGUAAAUCCCAAGCAAGAGAUUAGUGAAGAUGUACAAUUUGGGACCACAUCUGAAAGACCUGUUGAGAAUGCUGAGGAAAAUCCUGAAAGUGAAGAGGCCUUUGAAAGCAGAGAUAGGUCAGAAAGACAAUGGGGAGAUUUAACAGCAGAAGAAUGGGUAAGCUAUCCUCUCCAACAAGUCACUGAUCUGCUUGUCCACAAAGAAGUCCAUACAGGUAUCCGCUAUCAUAUAUGUUCUCAUUGCGGAAAAGCUUUCAGUCAGAUCUCAGACCUUAAUCGACAUCAGAAGACCCACACUGGAGACAGGCCCUAUAAAUGUUAUGAAUGUGGAAAGGGCUUUAGUCGCAGCUCACACCUUAUUCAGCAUCAGAGGACACAUACUGGGGAGAGGCCUUAUGACUGUAAUGAGUGUGGGAAAAGUUUUGGAAGAAGUUCUCACCUGAUUCAGCAUCAGACAAUCCACACUGGAGAGAAGCCUCACAAAUGUAACGAGUGUGGAAAAAGUUUUUGCCGUCUCUCUCACCUGAUCCAACACCAAAGGACCCACAGUGGGGAGAAACCCUAUGAGUGUGAGGAAUGUGGGAAAAGCUUCAGCCGGAGCUCUCACCUAGCUCAGCACCAGAGGACCCAUACAGGUGAGAAACCUUAUGAGUGUAACGAAUGUGGCCGAGGCUUCAGUGAGAGAUCUGAUCUCAUCAAACACUAUCGAGUCCACACGGGAGAGAGGCCCUACAAGUGUGAUGAGUGUGGGAAGAAUUUCAGUCAGAACUCUGACCUUGUGCGUCAUCGCAGAGCCCACACAGGAGAGAAGCCGUACCACUGUAAUGAAUGUGGGGAGAAUUUUAGCCGCAUCUCACACUUGGUUCAGCACCAGAGAACUCACACUGGAGAGAAGCCAUAUGAAUGCAAUGCUUGUGGGAAAAGCUUCAGCCGGAGCUCUCAUCUCAUCACACACCAGAAAAUUCACACUGGAGAGAAGCCUUAUGAGUGUAAUGAGUGUUGGCGAAGCUUUGGUGAAAGGUCAGAUCUAAUUAAACAUCAGAGAACCCAUACAGGGGAGAAGCCCUACGAGUGUGUGCAGUGCGGAAAAGGUUUUACCCAGAGCUCUAACCUCAUCACACAUCAAAGAGUUCACACAGGAGAGAAGCCUUAUGAAUGUACCGAAUGUGAGAAAAGUUUCAGCAGGAGCUCAGCUCUUAUUAAACAUAAGAGAGUUCAUACAGACUAACACCUGUAAUUAUGAUGACUGAGAAAUGAUUCAUUUGAAGAUACAAUUUUAUUUGAUAUCAAUGAGCUCCCUCAAGACUGAGCUGCUUUUAUCAUACUCACUUUCCUAGUUGUGGGCCAUGAUUUAAACCAUCAGAGAUGACAAGCCAUUUGAAAUUUUGACCCACAGCUUUGGGAAUGUUAUCUCCUCCAAAAUGGUGGUUUUUACUCACUCAAUGGGUUACUUCAUUAAAAUCAGCCCCACAAGUAACUGAAAAUCUGAAGACCAAGGGACAAAUGCUGGUGAAGGCCCAGGCCUGGAAAUGGAGUAAAUCUUUAAAUGUUAUUUUCUCCCAUCCUUGGCCAAAAGAACUAGGGGAAAUGUGGGACUUUAAUAGGGUGGUCACAGCUGCUUUGGAAAAAGGCAACUAGAGACUGUGCCUGAAUUGCUAUACCUAUUCACACACCAUAGUAGUUGGGCACACACAUCUUCCUCUCCAAAGGGCUUUUUCCUUGAGUUGCUCAUGCAUUUGUAUCUCUCCAUCUUCCUGAGGGCUGGAUUCCACCAUGAAGGCAAUGAUUGUAACUUUUCUCCUUCUCAUUGUUUCUAAUUAGCUUGUUUAAAGCUUGCAUCUUUGUGAAAACUAACUGAAGAUACAGUUGGAAAGGAAAAACAAGACACAGGUUUGGGGACCAAGGACCCAUCAAUGGUGGUGACUUUAGCAAAAGAUGCCCAUGGUUAUUAUUGCCAUUAAUCAGAUUUAUAAAUUUUCUUUGGGGAUCACUAUAGGGAACAUUGUAGGGACAAUAUCUUCAAGGAAAGAUAGGACCGUCAGUGGCAGUUAAGUGUAAGGAGCAAGUGGAAUUGACUCCUUCAGGAAAGGAAGCACAGAGUCCUUUCCCAAGGAAUGUAGGUCAUUUCUGUGUUCUUUCCCCUCUAAUCUUUAAGAUCAACUCUUUUUAUCCUGCUAACUCUAAGAUUUGAUAAGGGCCACAUCCCAGUGUUUAUCUUAGCUUGCAUCAGGGCAUGCGUAUGUACAGUAAUGUGUAUUCCUGUGGUUUUCCUAAUAGCAGAAACAAUUUACAGAGACUUAGCAUGUUCUUGGGUGAUGUGAAUCAUGUGACAGAAGUAUAGACAUAACUCCAAUGUGAGAAAUGUUCUUUUUUCAUUCUUUAUGAAAAAAAUAUAAACACUAGUGCUCCAGUGUGCACUCUCCUGUAAGGUCUGUCUUUGUACAGAGCUAAGCACUUGUUUGUAUGUGUUUGUCCAUUGUGGAAGAUAAUGACCGGACAAAUAGGUCGAUUGUCCUAUUCUCAGAAUGACUUAUCUUCUAUGGCAAUGAAGAACUCUUUGGCUUAGUCAGAAGGAAUUAAUAAACCUAGGAAGAAAUGUAUUUCCAUCCUUCCAGCCUACAGAUAAAAGUGGUUAAAAUAAUAGUUCAUUCAAUUUAAGCCCAGUAGUGUCAGUUUGUCUAAUCUCAGUCCAGGUAGGAAUUAAGUAAUAUCUCAAACAUUGAUGCUUAUCCAAGCCUGUUGGGGUAGAAGGGAAUUGGUGCCCAGAAGAUGGGACUGGAGUAAGGAAUAUCUUUUCUUUUGAGAGUACCCCCAUUUCAUUUCUACUGUGCUUUAUUACUAAUGUUCUUUAUUGUGAACAUUGUAACAUUAAAAAAAUGUUUUUGCUGUAGCUUUUGGGGAUUUGGUGUUAAAGGAGGCAGUGUAGGGUACUAUAAUGAGUUAUUGUGACCCACAGCUGUGUGGGACCACAUCACUUGUUAAUAACAACCUUGAAAAUAGCCCAUCUUCCAGGGGUUUCCUUGAUGUUGCCACUCCGUUUUAAGGACAAACUGAGGCAAGGAGCAUUUUUUUGUUGUUGUUCUAUACAAGCUCUAGCAGACUGUGGGUAUUGGGUGACAUAUAUGUUCUUGGUAACUAAACUCGAAUACGUUUUUCCCCAUAUAUGUUGCUGACAGUUUUAAUAAAUAUCAAAGUUCUCCCGUUGCUUCUGUGAGCCACUAUGGGUAUCAGCUUGGGAGUGGCCAUAGAUGACAGCAGUUCCAUGACCUAACUGUAUUUCAACCCUUUUUCCUUCCCUACUGUUUUCACAACACCCCAACCAGUUCGUUCCGCUGCUUUUGGCUUCUUAGAAGUGAAGGGACAAAGACAAGGCUUCCAAACACCCAGCUAUCUCCGUAUAUGAACAGUCUAGCUGGGAAACUUAAAGGGCAAGAGCCACACCAGUUGUCUCCUCUCUUUCUGCCAAUUGUUGCCCAUUUGCUGUGUUGAACUUUGUGUAGAACUUACGCCUCAGACUCUCUUUACUAAUGCUUUUUGCAUGCCUUCUGCUCCCAAGGCCCUGGCUGCUUCUGCACACCCGGUGAACACAUUGUGCCUGUUUUCUAUGGUUGUGGUGAGUGAAUGAACAAGUCAAUAUGUAGAACAGUUUUCCUUAUGGUAUUGGUCACAGUUAUCCUAGUGUUUAUCUGUGUUAUUCUAAUAAUAUUCUAUAAUUAAAGGUAUAAUUUU